UUCCUUCACGCCCGACAAACGAAGGUUUUCGGUUGCGAUUGAAAAUGGUUUAGAAGUUCGUGGUGAUAUACUCGUAAGUAACGUUUAGACAACAUUUAUUAUGCUGAACCUUUUUAUACUGGACAGUUUUAUUUGUCUAAAGGUCCAGAAAGGGUCCUCUUUUAUUGACCAGUUUUACUACUACAGGAGAGCAUAUUAACCAAGAAAGCACAGAUAAACUGUGGUGUUUGGAAGGGAGAAACCAUAGAUAUCUUAUAUAAACUAGAUAGCGCAUCUCUUUUACUAAAUUGAAGCCAAGAAUAUUCCAGCGGUUACCCCCAUUUGAAUAGAUGGCGGCCAUGUUGGAGUUUCCCACUCGCUAAUAAACGCUUAAAAAACAACAAUAACUUUCAUCAUUUGAAUAGUUUGAAAAUGUAUUUGGAAUAGGUUUAACUUAAUGUUUAAGUUCCAUGUUUAAGAAAUAGAAAACAUACGAAUCUUCUCAUUUCAUGGGAAUAUCCUGAAUCUGCAAUCACGGCUUCAAUUUUUGAAUUGCAAAAUAAUUAGAUGCACUAUCUAGUGUAUAUAAGAUAUCUAUGGGUGAAACUAGAUAUAAACUCAACGGUUUUUGUCGGCGUAGGUAGAAUAGCGAACUCAAGCAAGGCUUAAUCUAGUACGUGAUAAGAAACAGCUUUAAAUUUUACACUUGUAUAAUUAUAAAGAACUACUGUUAUUUUAUUAAGUAAGAACCAUAGAUAUCUUAUAUAUACUAGAUAGCGCAUCUCUUUUAGUAAAACUGAGGCCAAGAAUAUUCCAGCGGUUACCCCCAUUUGAAUAGAUGGCGGCCAUGUUGGUCGUUCCCACUCGCUAAUAAACGCUUAAAAACAGCAAUAACUUUCAUCAUUUGAAUACUUUAAAAAUGUAUUUGGAAUAGGGUUAACUUAAUAUUUAAGUUCCCUGUUUAAGAAAUAGGAAAUAUACGAAUCUUCUCUCAUUUCAUGGGAACGACCUGAGACUGUAAUCACGGCUUCAAUUUUUGAAUUGCAGAAUAAUUAGAGCACUAUCUAGUGUAUAUAAGAUAUCUAUGGUAAGAACCUCAGCAAACUGCAACGAAGAGAGCUAAUAAUAUCAUAUUAAUACAAGAAAAUGAGCAGAAAUGAACAACUAAAAUCCCACGGAAGUUUUAGACGUUGCCGUCGCUCUGUUUACAACGGCAAAAUACAGAUUAUCACGUCUUGUAUACAGCGCUUACAUUUCAAGCUGGGACAACUGCUACUUUCAAUGGACCAUUUGCAUUAUAGACUAAAUUUUGAUCUAGACAAGUCUAGACAACAAUUUCAUCAGAGCUUGAAAGAGCGUCACAAAAUUAGUAAUAUUCCAAAGUUCCGUUGCGAAAUGUUAUAAUAUAGCCUUGCAAAAUUUGCAAUUUUCAGUCAUUUUGUAUUACAAAUGGGAAAUUGAUGCCCCAACACCCGAUUGGGCUGUCAAUUUCCCGUGCGUAAUACAAAAUGACUGAAAAACGGCAAACUUCGCAAGGCUAUAUUAUCCGCAUUUUACAACAUUUCGCAAUGAAACUUUGGAAUAUUACUAAUUUCGUGAUGCUCUUUCAAGCUGUAUUGAAAUUUUUGUCUAGAUCAAAAUUUAGUCUAUAAUGCAAAUGUCCAUUGGGUCCUAGAACUUUUCUCAAUCAAAUCCUGUGUGAACCUUGAUCCUUAAACUGUAUUAUUUUUCACAGAAUAGAUAAUUGAAGACAAUUCCCGUUCCCGUCCUACAUGCUUAGUUAGAGAGUUUGAGCAAGACAACGAAGUCGAACGACGACGGCGUGGUUGACAAUUUUUGCCUGUCUUGCACAUUAUCUUGCGCAUUCUGAGUUUAGGGUCAGGAGUGACGACAGAUUAGAGAUUCAUGUCUUGCUGUUUAUGAAUGCUGACCUAAGUCCUUACCCUGAUCAGGAUAAAACAGCGAGACAUGAAUCCAUAUCCCGUCUUCGUCUUCUGCCUUCGUUCACAACGAAUAUUUUUGCAAAAUUCGUUGUGAACUUCGUUCUGUACGAAGGCAGAAGGACAAAGACGGGAUAUAGUUUCAUGUCUCGCUGGGUUUUUUUGGAUCAGGGCAAGAAUUAUGGUCAGUAUUCAUAAACAGCGACACAUGGGAAGACACGUUGAGCAACCACCAGUGACGUCCAACUCAGUAUGCGCAAGAUAAUGUACAGACGGCAAAAAUUGUCAUGUAUGCCUUCGUCUUCGUACUUCGUUGUCUUGCUCAAACUCUCUAAUUAAAGUGCACCUAACCUCAAUUAUUUUUUAUCAUUUCAUUCUUAAGAACUUCUGAAAUGGUAUAAUAACUUAUUUUGAAGAUUUUCGUUUGCUCACUUUGUUUCUGAGAUAUUUCAGUUUGUUUGGUAUGCAAAUAUCCGGAAUUUACCUCGCAUGAUGACUUAAAGUAAAAGCUUGUAUAUCGUGUUACGUUUGUGUAAGUUUAGAGUUAUGGGAGGAUUACAUAUCAAUGUAAAACACAAUUUAGCCUUUUUAUUUCAUGAUAUUUAACGGUAUACCGUACAUUCUUUCAUCAGUCAUUAUUCAUAUGUGACGUAAAUUCCGGACAUUUGCAUAUCAAUAAAACUGAAAUAACUCAGAGACAAAAUGUGCAAACGAAAAUCUUCAAAAUAAGUUACAAUAUCGUUUCAAAAGUUCUUAGGAAUGAGAUGUUAGAAGAAUUGAGGUUAGGUAAAUUAUUUCAUCAGCAAAAGAAAGUCUUGAGUAGAUGUUCUUAUUUUCAGGUGAAGUGUUCUCAUAAAAGCAUAACAUCAGCGCGGGAAAUUAUAUUUCGAUGUCAGUUCCACACAGGUGCUGUGGAAAAUAAUUUUCUACGUCUUGAGAAGUCACAGUUAGAUGAAGCUCAUAAAGGUGGGUGUGUUGUGAUUAUUGUGGAGGUGAAGUUGGUGGUGGUGGUGGUGAUGAUGACGAUGAUGGUGGAAGUGAUGGUGGUGAUGAUGACGAUGAUGGUGGAAGUGAUGGUGGUGAUGAUGACGAUGAUGGUGGUGGAAGUGAUGGUGGUGAUGAUGUUCGUGGUGGUAGAAGUGAUGAUGGUGAUCAUGUUGGUGGAAGUGAUGGUG